UGAACAUACCCUCAGAUCGUUACGGCAGGAGCAGGAGAAAUGUAAUACGCUCAGAAGCAUGGAGGUUGUUCGUAAAUCAUUGCAAUUGUAUGCUAAAAAACAUCAUUUAUGGGGAAUUUUGUCAAAUAAAGGAUCGAAUUGUAUAGGGCUAACGUGUACAACAUUCAUCAGAGGCAAAGCAGACAUUGGUAAAAAAGAUCCUAUCUUCAAUCACAAUGAAUUGAAGUUGAUGGACAAUGAGAGUGAGAAAUCGUGGGUAAGCAAGUUCUUGUAUGGCAGUGGUCCGAGUGCCGAUGUUGAACCAGACACUGAGAUGGUGGAAGUAGAAGCACGCUACAUGGAGGUGCUACAAGAGUCUAAAGAGAAGAUUAUCCAAACGCCUGAAGUAAGAAAGCCAGUGUACAAUCCACCAGCAGAUGUGAGAGAAAGAAUACAGGUGAUAACAAUGGAUGUUUGCCCAGAUGUCGCUGCUGAUACAUGGUGCAGCAAAACACUAGACGAUAAUUUAUCAAAAUUUAAGAUUCUUGCUAGAUGUAACAAUUCUUUCAAACAUGGAGUGCCAAACUUCUUGCUCAACAAAAUGAAAACAAUUGAAAAUGUCAUUGAAUUCUACACAACAGAAGUCAAGGAUAGCACAACCUUCGAUGAACUUUCGUCAGUAAAAUUACCUCCUAACUUGAGUAUUCAUUGGGAUUAUCAAGACGACUCUAAACUGGAGGUGUUGCAGGAAUAUCUGGACUAUAUAAAACCUAAGAAGAAAUAUUUUUCUCCAAAACCAAAGUAUUUAACGAGUGAGGUCCCACUAGAGAAACUGAGAGACUAUUGAAUUUGUGUUAAUUAUUCUUUUCAUUUCUACUGUGUGUUUCUAUUUCAAAAAAUAAGAUAUAAUAAAACAAAUAAUGAGAAAAAUA